AUGGCCACCACAGACACAACCGAGCUAUCAUAUGUACAAGUCCCAGAAACAUCAGAGGACCUCGACUGGGCCGAUUUGAGAACACUGGAUCUCUCAAAAUUCGACAAACCCGGAGGCAAACAAGAGCUCGCUGCGGAGUUGACCAAGGCGAUUGAAGAUGUGGGAUUCUUCUACGUCAUAAACCACGACAUCACAGAAGAAGCCAUCGACACUCAAUUUGCCAUUGCAAAAUCCUGUCUAUUGCUAUCGAACGAGGAGAAAUCCCAAUAUCGAGCUGCUUUGGAAGAAGGGGACUACAAUGGCUGGAAGCCAGCGGGCACCAGGAACCUCAUUCCCGGAGUCAAGGAUAAUUUUGAGAUCUACAACAUCCCGAAAUUUAUUCCGGAGCAUGCUGAUCCAAAGCAUCCGGAAGUUGUGCGACGAAAUCUGGCCAUUAUUGAACGGUUUUCGAAGCAGAUCCAUGAUCAAAUUGUCACGAAACUUCUCGUUAUAUUUGCCAUUGCACUUGGACUUGAAGAAGAGUGGUUGGUAAAGAGGCAUCGGUAUGAGAAGACUAGUGGUGAUCAUCUUCGAUAUAUGAAGUAUUAUGCUCGGACUGAGGAGGAGAAUCGGAAAUUGGGUGGUGUGUGGCUGAAAGGACACUCGGACAUGGGCAGCUUGACGUUACUGUUCCGCCAGCCUGUGGCAGCACUUCAGGUUCUGACCAAAGAAGGAACUUGGAAAUAUGUUCAGCCGCAGAUGAAUGCUUUGACGGUGAAUAUAGCAGAUGCGCUGGAUUUCCUCACCAACGGCUACCUCAAGUCGAGUAUUCAUCGUGUGGUAGCACCGCCAAAAGAUCAAGCUCAUAUCGAUCGACUGGGCGUUCUAUACAUGGUGAGAAUUGAAGACGACACCGAUCUCAUUCCCAUUGAGGAAUCGCCCGUGCUUCAGGCGAGAGGUCUCACGGGCGAGAAAGUCUUUGGAAGCGAUGGCAAGCAUGUCAAGGCAGGAGAAUGGGUUAAACAAAGAGUCAUCAAGAAUUUGGGGAACUCCACUGGCACGGAGGGUGAUAAUGACGUGGAGAAUGUGGAAAUCGUUAAAGGGGUCUCUGUCAAGUACUAUAACUGA